UUAUUUUGAUGCAAGAUGGUGCUGCUACUUGUUCAUUCGAUAUGUCCACGGCUUUUUGUUAAAAUCUUAAAUCUGUUCAUGAAGAAUAAUAUUUCAAAUAUUUAUUGAGUUCCCCACACUUAUUUAACUACCGCUUCGAUCUUUUCGUGUUCUGGAAACCUUUUCGUGAACUGUAAUAUCGUGAAUCGUUCAAGAUGCCGCGUACCAAGAGAAGAACUGUUAGACAGACAUCUGGUGAAUUUAACUUAACUGCUAAUUCAACAAUUGCUAACCAACCAAAAAAUAUAAAAGAAAUUUUAAAUGAAUUUGAUACUGAAAAAAAUAACAUUGAAAUCAGAUUUGCUGAAGCAUUUGAAGAUUUUAGAAAUAAAGUGGAAAAUGCAUUUUUAAUGGUCAAAAUAAAUUUGUCUGGCUCAAUGAAUAUGAAUUUAUAUGAUUAUAUUGCUCAAUGUAAUGCAAAAAAGUCUAACAAUGUUGUCAGUUCUACUUCAAAAAUAAAUGAAAGACCUUCUAGGAAUGUUACCAGAACUGCAGAAAAUAAAACAGCCAGACAACAAAGCGCAUCUAAUAUAAAAAAUAAAACUAAUAGUUCAUCUACUGUGAUCAAACAUCGUAGUGCUACACGCCAUGAAGAUAAAGCACCAUUAGAAAAAAAUGAAUCUAAAUUUAAAACCCCUGUCAAUAAACCUAUACCUAUUUUUCCCUCUGUAACUGUCACACCAAAAGUUAAUAUGAAUGAACCAAUAUCAGUGAUGCGUCGCCCAAAUCAGGGAGAGGUAGCACUUUCAAUGACUGGAAGUCCACUCAUGGUGUCAUCUGUUUCUAGGGAUGAUAUGGCUACAGUUAGUGUACCAUUAGCCAAUGGGAAUGUACUUUCGAUUUUACCAAGGGCAGGGGCAACUAUGGAUGUAUCCUUCGAUGAACAAACUAAAAGUGAAUUACUUCUUCUCAAGGGAAACAUUGAAGGACUAUUAAAUAAGAAUAGACGAGUCUAAGUACAUAACACAAAAUUAAUUUUUAUUGACAUGCUUGAAAAUAUAAUUUAAGUUUUUUAUGUUGAUUAUAUAGUAAAUGUA